AUGGCAGACUCUAUCUUCAAACGUCUUGUGAGGUUCGAGGAUCAUGUAGGGCGAGCCAACUACGGGGAAGUCCCUGAAAGCCACAACUGGGCUGACGACCUAGUGGGCGUCUCUGUGCCUGUGUACACGGGUGGACUACCAUGGGAGCAAAGCUUCAGUCUCAGUACAGACACAGCCAAGAUUGCCAAAGUGUUGAGUCCGAUCGAAGCACCACCUUUUAUCUAUGGGAUUGGUCUCAAUUAUCGCAAGCACGCUGAAGAAGCCAAGGGCGAGUUGACGAUUGUUUUUGGCAAACAGGCUACGAAUCUGACCGAAUCUGACAACGUCUUCGACUAUUUACUGGGAUACACGGUUGGCAACGAUGUGUCUUCACGAUAUUGGCAGGACCCUACGCGUUCAGGAGGCCAACACGGCUACGCAAAAGCCUUCGAUAAAUUCACAGUAAUCGGACCGAUACUAGCAUCCACCUCGUAUGUCCCAGAUCCUUCCAAGCUUACUUUAAAGACCACCGUCAACGGGGAGCAGCGACAGCUUACCCAGACGGACGACCUCAUUUUCGACAUUCCGUCUAUUGUCAGACACUUGACCCGAGGCAGGACCAUACGCCCGGGAACGGUAGUGAUGACUGGAACUCCGAGCGGAGUCGCAGCCUUCCACAAGCCACCGGCCUGGCUCAAGGAUGGCGACGUGGUUGAGGUGGAAAUCACCGAGAUUGGAAGAAUUCGGAACCGUAUGGCAUUCCCCCCAAUCUCUUGA